AUGUACGGCACACCAGCAAAUAGAUACCCAGAUGUAUUCAGCGAUGAACAGGAGACCGAAAUAGAAGAGGACAAUGCCUCUUUAAAAGAUUUUUAUGAUAUGUUAUCUGAUAUGUUUAAAUUAGCAGAGACUGCUCAUAUACUUGAUUAUGGUAUUAAUAUGUCAUUUGGAAAACAGCCACUAAAUGUUUUAAACAAUACUAUUAUAAAACAUUUAGAAGUUAUAGAAACACUUAAAGAAGAGAUUAAAGAUUUCGAAAGACGAAAUAGAUUAAUUAUAACCAGAUUAAAAGAAGAAGAGAAUAAAGGGAAAGAGUUAGAGAAGAAAGUAAAGCAAGAGACAAAACCAAAGAGAAGAAAGACCCAAUUAUUAUAA